AUGGAGAGAAUCACAUCUGUGGUCAGUUCUUCUGCACGAGCUCCGCGUCAGUAUCACUUUGUGAAUCAGAAGAAGAGCUGGACUGAAGCUCAGAGUUACUGCAGAGAGAAAUACACAGAUCUGGUCACUAUCAGUGACAUACAAGAACAGAAUGACACUGAACAGACCAUAAAGAGAGCCAGUAAAGGAUUCAUCAUUGUACAGGAGCAAAAGAACUGGACUGAAGCUCAGAAAUACUGCAGAGAGAGACACACAGAUCUGGCCAGCGUGAGGAAUCAGACUGAGAAUGAAGAGAUUCAGAAGAUCAUAGACCAAAACAGAACUUCAAGUGAUCAAGAUAAACAAGUCUGGAUCGGUCUGCACAGACUCUGGGUUUGGUCAGAUAACAGCAGCUCCACAUUCACACACUGGAAACACAGUUCUGAUAACACACGUAAGAACUGCACAUUGAUUGUUAUCAGUGAUGAAGGACGAUGGACAGACGAGGAGUGUUCAGAAGAGCAUCCCUUUGUGUGUUAUGAUGAUAAGCUGGUUCUGGUCCGAGAGAAUAAGACGUGGACUGAAGCUCUGAGACGCUGCAGAAACAUGGACAUGGACCUGGUGUCGGUGGAUUCGGAUCAGAUGCAGCAGCGGGUGAUGAAUGUGACCUCGAGCGCUCUCUCUGAUCACGUGUGGCUGGGUCUGCGUCACUCCUGCACAGUGGGGAUCUGGUUCUGGGUCAAAGGUCAGACCGUGUGCUACGAUCAGUGGGCUUCUGAUUAUGACAUCGGACUGGACGAAUGUGAUCAGACGGUGAGAUCCGGAGCCAUUCGGACCCGUGAUAAUCACUGGAUCAGCCUUCCUGAAACUGAAGAAAUCAACUUCAUCUGCACCAAGUACAUGUGAUCCAGAUUACACAAUCAUAUUACUAAUAUGAAGCACUUGUGAUGAGAUUAUAUAAUAUUUUAAAAUGCCCAUAAUCAAAUGAUACUCUCUUAUCUUUGUUUAGUGCAUAUUAUUUAAUACUUGCAUUUUCUUUGAUGGAACAGAUAUGUUCAGCGAACUCCAUCUAAAAUUACUGUAAAUAUAAUCAUACAGUAUGUAAUUAUAAUACAUGCAACUUUUUUUUAU